AUGGCAAGACCUCGAAAACGCACCAAAAUACGUAACCCUUCUUUAAAAAAUUCACGUAAAACUUCGAAUAAGCAUUUUAAAAGAUUUCGCGUCAAAAGUGAUCCAAUUAUAGCUGCGAAUUGGGACAAUAAGGCUACACUCCGUCAAAAUUAUCAACGCCUUGGCCUUGUGAAUAAUCUUAAUGGUGUCUCGGGCGGUACUGAAAUGUUAGACCUAGAAGAUCCACAACCAAUUGAUAAAGAAGAAUUAAAAAAAACUCUUGGUCCCGACGAAGGUAUUAUUGAACGUGACGAACAAGGAAAUGUAAUUAAUGUGAUAAUCGGUGAAGAACUUGAUGAAGAGGAAAUAUUUGAUACUGUUAUUCCACCUGCACCAGCGAAAACAGAUGUUGUUAAAGCACUGGAGAAACAAGCGGCAAAUUUUUACAAACGCGAACAAUAUCAAUCUGAGGGAGAUAAACUUUUCUGCGAAGUAAUGAUAAACAAAUACGGAAAUGACUAUCAUGCAAUGUUUAAAGAUAUAAAACUCAAUAUAUAUCAACUUACUGAAACCCAGUUAAAGAAAAAAUGUGAGAGAUAUUUAAAUCAGAAGGAACGAAACCAAGAGAAAGAAAAAGAAAAAAUGACAACUUGA